GCGACAACGACAACGACAGCGACGACGACAGGGGGUGUCGCUGCCGGGGGCGCGCAGGAGAAGGAAGAGGAGGAGGAGGCGGGAGGAGGAAGGCGGCAGCGCUCGGGAGGAGCCUGUCCAGCGUGAGACAGCACAUUCGGCCGGCGGUCCUGCUGCGGGAGCGGGCGGCACCGCGCUCCGCGGAGGAGGAGGAGGAGGAGGCAGCGGCCAUUUGGGCGGCCGGCGGAGCGUGAGCAACAGAGGGUUUGCCGAAGUCCGCAACGACAGCAGAUGGAGAAUUAGAUCGUUUCCAGCUCCAAAGCAGAAUCAAAAUGUCAGACAAAAGCGAUUUAAAAGCAGAACUUGAGCGCAAAAAGCAGCGUUUGGCUCAGAUAAGAGAAGAAAAGAAACGGAAGGAGGAAGAAAGGAAAAAGAAAGAGGCUGAUCUACAGCAAAAGAAGGAACCAGCCCAAGAAGAUUCUGACCUAGACCGCAAAAGAAGAGAGACAGAAGCUUUGUUACAGAGCAUUGGUAUAUCUCCAGAACCACCUCUAGUGCAGUCGCUGCAUGUGUUAACAUGGGAUACCUGUUAUUUUCAUUAUUUAGUCCCAACCCCUAUGUCUCCCUCUUCGAAAUCAGUGAGCACACCCAGUGACGCAGGCAGCCAGGACUCUGGAGAUCUGGGACCCAUAGGAAGGACCUUGCAAUGGGACACAGACCCCUCAGUGCUGCAACUCCAGUCUGACUCUGAACUUGGACGCAGACUGCACAAACUAGGGGUGUCAAAGAUUACCCAGGUUGAUUUCUUACCUCGGGAGGUGGUAUCCUACUCCAAGGAGACCCAAACACCUCUUGCCACACAUCAAUCUGAAGAGGAUGAAGAUGAUGAAGAGAUGGUGGAGCCAAAAGCACAAGAUGACUUGGAGACAGAAAAUCAAGAUCAGAAGCAGGAAGUGAAAGAAGCUCCUCCCAGAGAACUGACAGAAGAAGAAAAACAGCAAGUUCUCCAUUCAGAAGAAUUCCUGAUAUUUUUUGACCGGACAAUACGUGUAAUUGAGCGAGCUUUGGCUGAAGAUUCAGACAUAUUCUUUGACUACAGUGGCAGAGAUGUAGAAGAGAAAGAUGGAGAUGUUCAAGCAGGAGCCAACCUUUCCUUUAAUCGUCAGUUCUAUGAUGAGCAUUGGUCAAAGCAUCGUGUCGUCACCUGUAUGGAUUGGUCUCUUCAGUACCCUGAGUUGAUGGUUGCAUCUUAUAACAAUAAUGAAGAUGCUCCGCAUGAGCCUGAUGGGGUAGCCUUGGUAUGGAACAUGAAGUUCAAGAAAACCACACCAGAAUAUGUUUUCCAUUGUCAGUCAUCUGUGAUGUCUGUCUGUUUUGCCCGCUUUCACCCAAACCUGGUUGUUGGUGGAACAUACUCUGGCCAAAUUGUGUUGUGGGAUAAUCGCAGUCACAGGAGGACUCCAGUUCAGAGAACUCCUUUAUCUGCUGCUGCUCACACGCACCCUGUGUAUUGUGUCAAUGUGGUUGGAACACAGAAUGCACACAAUCUCAUUACCGUCUCCACAGAUGGCAAAAUGUGCUCCUGGAGCCUGGACAUGCUCUCAACUCCACAGGAGAGCAUGGAGCUGGUGUACAACAAGUCCAAACCGGUGGCGGUUACAGGAAUGGCCUUCCCAACCGGAGAUGUCAAUAACUUCGUUGUUGGCAGUGAAGAGGGAACAGUCUACACAGCCUGCAGGCAUGGAAGCAAAGCUGGCAUUGGUGAAAUUUUUGAAGGCCACCAAGGACCUGUCACGGGAAUCAACUGUCACAUGGCAGUGGGUCCAAUUGACUUUUCCCAUCUCUUUGUCACAUCAUCAUUUGACUGGACGGUGAAGUUGUGGACCACAAAGCACAACAAGCCGCUCUACUCCUUUGAAGACAAUGCCGACUAUGUCUACGAUGUCAUGUGGUCGCCAGUGCAUCCCGCGCUCUUCGCCUGCGUGGACGGGAUGGGGCGCCUGGAUCUCUGGAACCUGAACAACGAUACCGAGGUUCCCACAGCUAGCGUGACAAUAGAAGGAGCUUCUGCCCUCAACCGUGUCCGCUGGGCCCAGGCCGGGAAGGAGGUAGCAGUUGGUGAUUCAGAAGGCCGUAUAUGGAUCUAUGAUGUUGGAGAGCUGGCUGUUCCGCACAACGACGAGUGGACCCGUUUCGCUCGGACCCUGGUGGAGAUCCGCGCCAACCGAGCGGACAGCGAGGAGGAAGGGGCCGUGGAGCUGUCGGCCUAGAGGAAGAGGACGAGCAGCGCCCGCCACCGCCGCCAGAGCAGCCUUCCCCCGCCGAGUGUCUGGUGUUCAGUGUCCGAGUCGGUCUUGCUGUGGCUGUCGAUGCCAGUGUCCAUGCCAGUAUUGCUCAGAGCAUUCCGUAUUAAUCACACGGCUUUGCGCAAGGCUGAAAAUAUCCAGAGCAUUUUCAUACUUUAUAUUUCUGUCUGAAAAGUAAGAAAGAAAAGACAAAUCAACCCUUUAUGGGUUUAGUUGUUGCCUUUUAACUACUUAGUAGCUGUAUUUAAUAGCUAGGAACCCCUGGUUAAACUUGUGCUCACAUUGCCCUUCUGGCAUAGUCCUAUUAAAUCCAUAUGAAGCCAGAUAUGAUUAUGUGCAGAUGUGGUGUGCUUCACUGUAUGGGACUGGGCCAAAGACUUUAGAUGUGGUGUUUCACAUGGUGACUUACAUUAUGAAUGGAUGUACUAUAUGAAAGUUGCUGCUCCUUAUUUAUUGCGGUGUGCUGCAUGGAACAUAUUUAUUUGAAAGCAUUAAAAUAAACGAUCCUAAAGCAUGUGCAUAAUGAGAGAACUGCAUUGUCUGUGUGCUGCUGCAGAGGUUACGUUAACGUCCACAUAACAAUUACGGUACAUCAGUCGUGCUUAAGAUGCAAGAUCUAUAAAGGUUGGCUUGAGUGGAUGCAAUGACUUUCUUUUCCUUUUCUUCUUUUUUUUUUCUUUUUUUUUUUUUUUUAAGAUGCCUAUUAUUUCUAGGCACUUGAACAAUAUUUCAGAUGCAGUCGGUCACUGAUACUUGUCAUGCAAGUUAACACUAACAGUCUGACAAAGGGUUGUGGUUCCCGGGUAUGACACUAGUAUUGCCAAUAAAACGUAUCCAGCCUG